UAGAAGGAAUAAAAUAAUUUUAUUGUUAAUAGAGAAAAUUACUGAAUAUUUUAUAUGUAUGUAUGUACAUGUAUAUGUAUUUAAGGACAUACAUUAUAAAAAUCGAUACAUGCACAUUAUUAUAAAAUAAAAGUGAUAAAAUGAUUAUUAAAAAAAAAAAUUAAUUAAAAAUUUUUAAUUGUAAACAAAAAAGAAAUCUUCCUUUUAUUAUACGUUUUCGUAUAAUUAAACAAUUAACUGGUUUUUUUCAAUGUUUUGUAUAAUUUACAAUUAAUUAACAUUAAUUUAGAAUAAAUAAAAAAAAAAUUAAAUACCAAUAGUCGGUAAACAAUAGUCAUUUAAGGCAAUUUGUAACCAUUUAAAUAUGAAUAAGUUAAGGACAUUUUGGAAUAUAAAAACAGUUUCCAUUUGGUUAACAAUAAUAAGCAUCCUUAAUAAUGUGGCAAUUGGAGAAAAUACUUUAAGCGGAAUGUUAGGAAUAACAAUGCCAUCAUUUAAUAGACUUGGUCAACCAAUAAAUACAACUACAGUAACAUUAGCAGAUGAUCAAUCUCUAUUACCUAAUUCAAAUAUAACAGAAUCACCUGUGCCAUCUAUAUGUAUUGAUGGAGUAAAAUUACAAAAAAAUAUUGAAAGUAAUGAGAUAACAGAAACUGGAUCAGAUAAUUAUGAUGAUGAAAAUGAUUUAGUACAAGUAAUCGAAGGUGAUGCAAUAAUAUCAAUAUUAACAAGAGAUCCAGUUACAGCUUUAUUUAUUAUUGAUCGUGUAAAUAGAGCUAGACUAAUUGGAGGCGAUUUUGAAUUAGGAAUGAGAGCACUUUUCGUUAAAGAUAUAUCAAACACUGAAAAUCUUUUAAUACAAGAAGUACAAUAUUUACAACAAUGUACAGAGCAUCCUAUUGGAGUAUUCCUUGAUUUCGAUUUAUAUACUCAUGUUAAGGAAUUAAUAGAUGAUUUAGAAUAUUAUAUAUGGCCAAUACCAUCAACACGAAGUCAUCUUUUUUCAAAAGUUGCUCAUUUAAUAUAUCAAAUGCCAUGGGGAGAUAAAAGUGCUUCUGUCGAAAUUAUUGGUGAAAACUUAAAUAUUUAUAAUGAUUUUAUGGAUGCAGCCAAAGCUGCUCAAUUAUGUUUGAUGCACUUUCGUAGUUCUGAUAAUAUAUACAUUUUACUUGGUAACAAAAUGGUGAAAAAUUUUCAAGAAAAUGGUACAAUUUUUGCUAUUCCAACUACAAGAGUCGACAGAUCAUUUAUUAAAGGGCUUCCAUCUAAAACUUAUAUUUUAAUGGAAUCGGAAGUUCCAUUGCAAAUUAUUGACGAAAAUUCCACUUUAAUUACAUUACACGAAACACUUUUAGGGAAAAAUAUUUUAACAUCCGAGCUUUUAUCAAUGAGUGGUCCAUUAUUAGAUUUGGUUCAUUGGCUAAAUAAUUCAUUAAUGACUAAUUGUGAUCAGUCUCAAGGAAUAAUACAUUAUGAAACUUGUUAUAAUUAUUUAAAAUUUGUUCAGGAUUGGAAUUCUGCUAUAUACGAAUUUAAACCAGAUGAAAUUCUCGAUAAAUUAAAAAUACGAAAAAUGUUAAAUUUAAUGCAAUUUCAAAUGCAUCAAAAAGUUCCACAUAAAUCUUUUGAUCCUUCGGCAAAGAAAAAAGAUAUAAUGUACGAAUUAAAAGAAAUUGCGUCCCAAAAUUUCAUUACUAAUAUUACCACAUAUUUUCAUUACAAUAUUGCCAACGAAACAAGUCAUAAAAUGAAAUCCAAAUUUGGGCAAGUCUUCAAUUGCCAAUCCAGCGAUGGAACAAAUCGCAAAUACCCAUUCUAUUUUGAAGGAGAAUCUGUAAUGUCUUGGCGACUAAAGCCGGAACCAUGGAUAGCAGCUGGUUUAACAGCGUCAAUACUAGGCAUCAUUAUAAGUAUAGCAAUUCUUGUAUUUAUUGUUAUACGAAUUUCAGUUGGUGAUGUUUUCGAAGGGAAUCCUAUUGGAUCGAUAGCUUUAUUAAUUUCUCUUGUAUUAUUAUUCUUAACAUUUAUUCCAUUUUCUUUGGAAUAUGGAUCAGACCAUCUAAAUUCACACGUUACAUAUGAAGACGCAUCGACUAUGAAUACUUUAUGCGCUAUUCGAGUUUUUUUAAUAACAAUUAGUUAUUGUUUAACAUUUUCAUUACUCCUAUGCCGUGCUCUGAUGUUAGCUUCAAUUGGUAGUGAAGGAGGUUUUCUAUCGCAUGUAAAUGGAUAUAUCCAAGGUGUAAUCUGCAUUUUUAGUUCACUAGUUCAAAUUGGUUUAUCAACUCAAUUACUGAUUGUUAUGCAUGUCGCUGAAGACGAAAUUUCGUGCCAUAAAAUUUUUCAUGGAAAUUUAUUUUGGGCUCUAAUGUCAUAUGAUGUCUGUUUAUUAAUAUUUUUAGUCAUUUUAAUACCGUUUAUAUAUCGUUCACAACGUAACUAUCGGGAAGGAUUAUUAAUCGUUAUUGGUGCUAUUUUAUGUCUUUUAAUUUGGUGUACGUGGAUACCUAUGUGUUUCUUUGGUGAUAAAUGGCGUGAUGCUGCUAUACCGGGAGGAAUGCAAGCUACCGGAUGGGCAAUACUUAUUGGAAUAUUAAUACCAAGAUCAUUUCUCAUAGUUAGAGGUAUUGAAAGGUCGGAUAUCGCUCAAGCUCUUCCAUCGUUAACAUCUAUUGCAUUUGCUCAAAAUAAUCAAUAUCCUUCUGAACAGAGCGUUUAUGAAUGCGUUAAUCCAGCAAUGCGAUAUAGUACAUCGCGAGAAGACGGAAUGGCGGAAGCUAGAUCGGUUGAACGCAUAAGUCAACCGACAUCACCAAGUGAAAUGCCAACUUUACCUUUAAGGGGAACCGUAAACGCGAGACGUAAUAUGUUCCAAAAUAUGAGAAACAAUAAUGCCAGUAUGGCGAGAAGAGCAAGUUAUGCAAGUUCGCAAUCUUCAAUGCCUCCCUCCCCAAAUAAAAUUACUAGAUUUUAGCCCCAAUCCAUAAAACGUUUCAUUUUCAUAAAACGGUGUCAAAAUUUUUUUCAAGAAUUAACAAUAUUAUUUCCAAAAAAAAUUAUGA